AUGGCUCCCGAGAUGCAAGACCUUGAAACAUCUCCUCUAUUAUCCCCCAACCCCGAUCAAAGUCCUCUGCACGAUUCGGAAAGCCUGGUAACCCAGACAGCAAAGGAUGAGCGAAAUAUUGACAAUGAUGUGCUGCCAGAGGCAUCUACAGCGGGAAGAAACAUUGGUUGGGGAAGCGCCUAUAUCCUGGUCAUCUCUCGAGUCAUCGGGUCAGGCAUUUUUGCCAUGCCUGGAACGAUCGUCCAGAACGUAGGCAGUCCGGGCCUGGCUCUUGUUCUCUGGGUUGUCGGAGCUCUGGUUGCGUGGGCCGGACUAGCCAUCGAUAUGGAAUAUGGAUGCAUGCUUCCUCGAUCAGGCGGAGUCAAAGUGUAUUUGGAGUAUACCUUUCGAAGACCGCGGUUCCUCACCUCGACCCUGGUUGCUGUCCAAGCUGUUCUCCUUGGAUUCACCGCAAGCAAUUGCAUCGUCUUUGCAAAAUACACUCUUUUCGCCGCUGGGGCUACUCCCGACGAUCUGAAUACCAAAUUACUGGCGGUCGGAUUGUUGACCUGGAUCACAAUCGUCCACAGCUGUUUUUACAAGACAGGAAUCUGGAUCCAGAAUAUCCUAGGUUGGAUUAAGGUUGGGUUGAUUGUGUUCAUGAUUUUGACUGGCUUGUUUGUGGUGCUGCUGCGACCCCAUACUUCGUCUAGCAGCACCGCGGGCCAUGCUUCAACCACAGCUUGGGAUGACCUGUGGACUGGCUCCGAUUGGGCGUGGAAUAACCUGUCGACGGCGUUCUUCAAGAUUCUCUACUCUUACGCAGGCCUCAGCAAUGUCAACAACGUGCUUAAUGAGGUGAAGGAUCCUGUCCGGACACUCAGAUCGGUCGGCCCAGUUGCGUUGCUGACGGCUUGUACAAUGUAUGUGCUUGUUAAUGUCGCGUAUCUCUCGGUGGUCCCGCUUGAGGAGGUCAAGCGCAGCAGAGAGCUCAUAGCAGCACUCUUCUUUGAGCGAGUCUUUGGAGCUGGCUUUGGCAACAAGUUUCUUCCGCUUGCUAUUGCUCUUAGCGCUGCAGGGAAUGUCAUGGUGGUCACGUUCAGCUUGGCUCGAGUCAAUCAGGAAGUUGCCAGACAAGGGUUUCUCCCCUUUUCGGAAGUUCUGGCCUCUUCCAAACCAUUUGGUGCUCCCCUCGGCGGGCUCAUCGUCCAUUAUGUGCCAUCUAUAUUGGUCAUCGCUCUACCGCCUUCUGCCACAGUAUAUGCUUUCAUCGCCGAUGUCGAAGGAUACGCAGGGCAGUUUUUUGCUCUAGCCGUCGCUGCUGGCUUGCUCGUACUCCGUAUCAAGAAGCCCGAUCUGCGACGACCAUUCAAGGCUUGGAUUCCGGCUGUGUGGUUCAGGAUCGUAUUAUCUGUGGCACUGAUUGGCGCUCCGCUGUUUCCUUCUAGUAAGGGGUCUUCGGAUGUCAACUUCUUCUACGCUACUUAUGCACUGGUCGGCCUUGCAAUUCUUAUCUUCGGAGUUGUCUAUUGGUUCGCGUGGACCAUUGCUCUACCUCGUUAUAGAGGCUACAGACUAGAGGAAGAAACGGAUGUCCUCGGUGACGGGACAACAGUCACGAAACUUGUCCGCAAGGAAUUAUAG